CUAGAUUAGGAUGACGGCACGUAGACCUCUUCAAAUAGACAGCUGGCGGCGGUUGUGAUACUCAGUGCACGAGUUGUCUUUUCAUUUCUUUUUCACGUUAACUUGGUUAUGACAAAGCACUGAACGCGCAGGUGGACAUUUAAGCGUGUUCUUUCAGAGAGCCUACUUAAACAGUUUUAUAAAUUUGUAUUAUCUGCACUUAUGGCAGGAGCAAAUCGCAAUAGACGAGGAAGAGCUCAGCUGCCAACAUGCUAUCACGAAGGCUUUCUCGAGAAGAAAUCCAUCAAAGACAAGAUGGGUCGUAAACUCUGGACCAGUUUGUGUGGAGAUUCACUCUUUUUCUUCAAUAGCAGCAAAGACAGUGUGUAUAUCGAGAAGCUGGAGCUGUCGGAUCUCAACUCGGUGUCAGAUGAUGGCUCUCGUGAGCGAAACCUAGAUGCUGCUGGAUUCACCCUGCACAUGAAAAAAGAAGACGUCAGGAUGAUUGCCCCCAGCCUUGAAGCCAGAGAGCUGUGGAAAGGCUACAUGCUCUCGAUUGCUAAGCUCUCUGUUCCAGUCUCUCUGAACCUGCUGCCUGGACAGAUUCACGUGAUGAGGGAAAUCAUUGAAAAAGAGAAAAUACGACAGCGGCUUCCUUCAGCUUCACCGCCAGAACAGAGCUUUGACCCUUAUGUUUGCGUAUUACCAGACAUGCCUAUGUGUUUUCAUAAAGUGUCUCGUGUGGAAGCUGAAAUUUUAUUGGACAGAAAUCCUAAUGAUGGAAACCUCCUGCUGCGGCCGGCUCAAGAUGGGACGUCUUUCUCUCUCACCACUCGGCAAGAAGUUAAUGGCAGAUCAAUAUUUAAGCAUUAUCGAGUUUUUCGGAGGCCUGAAGGAGGAUUCGUCAUCGAUCUUGAUUCUCCUAUCAACUGUGCCACCCUGCACGAUGUGGUUAACAAAAUGGUGGAGAAGACCGGCGGGGUUUUGGUGCCUCUUCAUAUGGAGAAACACUAUGAUCAAGUUCUAGUAUAUCUUGAGAAAAAUGAAGAGAACGGUGAGCUGAGCAAACACUGUGCCAAACCAGACCCUUCAUCUACACCUCCAGUGCCCCCACUCAAACCUGUCACAAAGGCUCACAGGUUCAGUUCAGAACACGAAAAUGAAUACCGCAAUAUCCCAUGUGGAGGAGACUAUGAGGAGGAUGAAGCUGCAUCUCUUGCACCUCCAGUUCAACCACGUGUUCCAGGUGACACAAAAACACGGCAUUUGCCGUACCAGUAUUCAAUGCCUCAUGAACCAAGCACCAGUUCAGACUGUGAACGAAAAGCUCUGGUUCCUCCUGGCUAUGGUAAAAAACCCCUCAGAAGCAACAGUCUAUCAGACAUGCCUAAAAAUACUCCCAAGCAGCAAAUCGUCAUGGAUGAGCUGGCGAAGGUUAUUAAUAGCAGACGACCCAUCCAGGAGUGAUUGUGUGAUGAUGAUGAUGAUAAUAAUGGUUUCACUGUGGAACGAGGAGUAAUUCCUAUUAAGUAUUAAGCUUAGGCUUAAAUCUCCGACACAUUUAUAUGGCUUUUAUUGCUGAGGAACAAGCCCUGGAAUCAAGUUUUCUUUAUCGAUCCUUGUAGCAAUAGAUCAGUGUGUGUCUGUAAAUCACCUCUGCUGUUUGUGUAGUUUAUCUCAUUGACUUCUUGUUGAUUUAUGACCAUUUUAGAAGUUGGUCAGAUGUAAAUAUUUGUCCGUGUCAGAUAGCUGGUCUACGUCUCCUGUUUUCAGGCUUGAUUAUGAAUGAUUGUGACUCUAGUUUGUGGGGAAGUUGCAGGUCUUCUUUCUCCAGAUAGACAAUCUGUUCAAAUGAAUAUUGUUUUGUCUGUUCCUGUUCAACUUUGUAUGGUAUUUUUUAUAUUGUUUAGUUUGAGAACAAUACAAUGAUCAUGGAAAAUAAAGUCAUAUUUUCUUCCUUUUAUA